AUGGGUGUCCAACGUCUUGCCCUCGCCCUUAUUGCAUUUACUUCUGCUCUCACUUCUGUCAUUGCAGCCCCUAUCGUCAUUGAACAACCUCCGCUAGGGCCAGAACAUCGCUACGAUGCCAUUGUUGUUGGCGGCGGACCGUCCGGCCUCAGUGCCCUCAGCUCCCUUGGCCGAGUUCGUCGCCAUGUCCUGCUCUUUGACGAGGGCAUUUACCGCAAUGGUGCCACUCGGCAUAUACAUGAUAUGCUUACCAAUGAUGGAGUCGAACCAAAAGUAUUCCGCGCAAAGGCUAGACAGCAGAUCAGCCGAUACACGUCUACCUCCAUCAAGGAUGUCAAGGUGACCAAGAUCAAGAAGGUUUUCGAACAUGGAGGAAGAAAAUACUUCUUCCAGGUCACCGACAAAACUGGUGCGAUGUACACAGCCAGCAAAAUCGUGCUUGGUACUGGUGUAUUAGAUGUUCUCCCCGGUACACCUGGACUUCAGGAGAACUUCGGCAAGGGAAUCUAUUGGUGCCCAUGGUGCGAUGGCUGGGAACACCGUGACCAGCCGCUUGGCAUCUUGGGGCCACUCCGACAUGUUAUGGACAGCGUUUACGAACUCGAAACCCUGAACAAAGACAUCAUUGCAUUCGUGAACGGAACCGAGCACAGCAUUGAAGACAUCUUGUACCUCGACAGGAAAUACCCCCAUUGGAGAAAACAGCUAAAGCAUUACAAUGUCCAGAUUAACAACAAAAUGGUCAGCUCCAUUGACCGUCUUCAGGAUGGCUCCAAACAUCAGGACAAGAAGACCUGGCAGGAAUAUGAUAAAUUCAGGGUCAAUUUCAACGACGGUACCAGUGUUGAGAGAUCCGUAUUUAUCACAAAUUUCCCGACUGAACAGCAUUCCGACCUUCCCGACCAGUUAGGACUGGCACGAGAUCCGUUUCACAAGAACAAGAUCAAGGUUAACUUUAAGGGGAUGCGGGCGUCUGUUCAUGGUGUAUUUGUUGUUGGAGACGCCAACAACGAUGGCAGCACCAACGGCAACCAUGCCAUGUUCAGUGGUAAACGAGCUGCAGUUGCGCUACAUGUUGAGCUUGAGCAAGAGAGGGCCGAGGCUGCUCUCGGCAAACGAGAUGAGAGUUUCUCUGCCGAGCAGGUAGAAAAUGAAGCCCUCAAACUGAUCGGAAGGGAUACUGAGGAGCUUGAGGAAUUAUGGGGGAGAAAAUAA